AUGGACAGCCUUGUUGAAUUCACCGAAUCCUUCUUCCCCCCUCAGCCCUGGGCCUAUUCCUGGGAAUUACGCCUUUUCCAAUGGUUUCCAGCUGCUACCGUAUUCCAAUGGCUACUGGAUUAUCAUCCAACAGGGAAAUUCUCCCUGCCAAACUCCGCACUCAACCUCAAUGGCCGCUUUUCUUGGUGUGUCAUGGAGGUGGUUGGCCCUAUUAACAUGCUCUACAUCUUCGCGACACUCCCCGCAAAGUUUGGGUUCACAUUCCUGGAUUUACCUCUAUGGAACAAGGUGGCUGGAGCGCUUUAUGUGGUACAUUACUUCAACCGCUCUAUUUUGAACCCACUCUUUGUCGCGCCUAGUAUCUCGCCUGUCCGGCUUGAGAUCUUUUUGUUCGCGUUUAUCUUCAAUUUGUUCAAUUCCUCCUGUCUUGCUGGAUGGAUUGUGGGCUAUGAUUUUACUCCAAGUCUUGGGUAUCUGCCAUCGCCGGCAUCAUCCAUGUCACUCCAGCAGAUUCUUCCUUACAUCGGUCUGGUUACCUUUGCAUAUGGCAUGAUUGGCAAUAUUCGCGCCGAACGCACGCUUUGGCGUCUUCGUCGCGAGGAAGCCCAUCGUCGUGCCUCCAAGAAGAGCGAUCAGGACGUCGCCACUGCUGCUGUCACGGAUGACAACAAAAAGAACAUUUACCACAAGGUGUACAUCAUUCCCCCACCAAAGGGCCUGUUCAGAUGGGUUCUCCAUCCGCAUUAUUCCCUGGAAUGGCUCGAAUGGUUUGGUUUCGUGCUAGUGGGCACUGCUGUGUAUCCUGCCGCUAGUCGUAUGUCGCAGAAUAUCCCGCCUACAUCGUUGAUGACCCCGGCACCCUGGCUGUAUCCAUUUUCUGUUCUUGCUGAGUGGCUGCAUGUGCCAUUUCCAUGGCCAGCUCUUGUAUUUGUUAUGAACGAUGUGUUUACCAUGCUGCCCCAGGCAAGACGCGGUUUGAGAUGGUACACGGCGAAAUUCGGCAAGGAUGAAGUUGCUGGUCGAAGUGCUGUUAUUCCGGGAAUUUCCUUUCUUGUUCAAUCGCACAACACCGGCAUCAUGACGUUUUUGAAAGGCCAUCUCCAGCGAAAGACGAGCGAUCGCAAACAAGCAUUCAGUCUCGACACAACUGUGCAGCAUCGCCAGUCAGAGUCUUCCUCUUCAAAAAGCGCCUCGCUUUCAAAUACCGAGAAGAAGAAGAAGAAGGGAUCUAUUGAAAUCGAAGUUGAGAAUCUGUUUCGACAAGCGGCCGACGCAAGCAGUGCCCCUGGUCGUAGUCAUAAUCAUGGUCCGACGAAGGUGGAACCAUCUCUCUUUCUCAGAUUUAUGAAGCGCAGAGAACAUCCAACGACAUCAAUAGCACCGGCAAAUGGACUAAAGAGAGCCUUUUCUCAUCGACAUCACGCGCCGGCGACGCCUAUCGUAGGAAACGCUGGCGACGACAAAGUUGUCCAUAGCAGCACGCCGGAUCUCGUUAGGGAGGGAAGCUACGAUAGUGAUGCUCUCUUUAUAUGCAGUCCUCGAUUUUCUACACAAAGCUGGGAAUCCUUACACGCAUCCAGUCCAUUACGCAUGAAUAUAACCAAUGUUACUCUUCCGGAUGAGAAGAAGUAUGAGACGACCCCCAAGGCAGAUGGCGAAAUUCUGUUGCCGCCGACUUCUGAGUGCCAGCAUUCAUCACAUGCUCUUUCAGUCCCGAAAAGGAGAGGGCAGCCCGAGAUACCUAUCGAGAGAAGUGAUUGUUCUCGGUCCUUGUGUGGGUCAGACGUUACUAACAAUAAUGAGUGUGUGGUGACAAGGAAUGGCUAUACGGCUGCUGGAAGUCUUCAAAAGCAGUCCAGAUUCACUGAAAUGUUCCACCAUGUCGGCUUAGGAGCUAUAUCCUCAGCCCCAUCGCUUAGAAAAGUCAGUAUUGGAUGGAUGUCUGAGGGGAAACGCUGUGGAUAUGGCUAUUCUUUUGUUGAUAGCGAUGAGACAGCCAGGACGUCAUGUGAAUCAGGCGUAUUCACGGACGGCUCUUCAGAAACUACAGCCAAAGAAGAAACAAACAAGGACCUUGAUACGCGUGACGGUCAGGAUACAACGAUUGCGGUCAACCCGCCAAUUGACGGAGAAACUCACCAAAAUGAAGAGCACAAGGGAUCCUCUCUCGAAAUCGAGACAAUCAACACCUCCAAUGAAUCAUCCCAAUGGGCAUCAAUCUCAAGCCAUUCCAGAACCGACAGAAACGACUCUGCAAAUAUUGAAGACGGGAUCAUCGUCCGUGACUUUUGCACAAAAGCCUCGCCCGACAGACCUCAGCACGAGGAAAACAAUCUCGAGGAGAAGCGUCACUUAAUGGCCAAUGCCGUGCGCCAGGGCUUUUUGGACACUUUUCUCUGGAUGAUUGGUCUCGGCAAACGUGAAAUAGCGAGGUACCACGCGGGUCUCGACGUGCAAGCAGCCCGAUCCCAUGACUGCUGCCAGGAUUCAAUGUUCGAAAUGACCAUCCCUUAUUGGGAUUAUGCGCCAAAGGAGGAACUGGGGAAUUACCAUAUUGAGGCUUGGAAGGCCGCAAAGAGACGGUCUAGAGAGCAGCGUCGAGCUCGACCUACUACCGCUGCUACCACCGGCGCCCCUGGCGUGUUAUCGAACGCUCAAGAGAGUUCUUUUUUGAGUUCCGGCGGUGGCGAGAAGUAUGUUGGAAGGAGGCAUAGUUUGACUUUCUGA